AUGGAUGAAUGCCAGGAUAUAUGCUGCAGGGAUGAAAAGUGCAACGUUGCAUUUAUGCUCGGCAAGACAUGUUACUCCGUAGCAUGUAAAAGUAAAGAACUAUGUGAACACUCAAAAGCUCCCCCAACGGAUUACAAUCCUCAGCUUUCUUAUGUGAGACCAAUGAAAAAUUCGGAUAAAAAAGGUAGGUUGAUUUUCUCAGCUUUCGACUUCACGAGUCGUUGGGCUAGAUCAACUUCUGGUAUGUUAAUCAGUCCGUCAGAGUAUCUCCCUUCGUAGCAAUUUGGCAAAAAUCUGUCUUAACUCACUAAAUCUAUUAUUUCGAAUUUCCUUCUACUAGAAUCCAGUAAAGCACCCGCUAUCCCUGCUAGAGCCCAAAGACCUCAAAUGCAAACAUAGCAACAUUACAAAUGACAAAGAUCUCCCAGGUGGAAUUCACAAAAACAACUUCACAAUUGUCAAAGACGUGGACACUAUGGGCAAAUGUAUGGAAAAAUGUUGCGACAGUAAGAAGUGCGAUAUAGCUUAUAUGGUGGAGAACAAAUGCUAUUCUGUGUCAUGUUCCAGCAAGGAUUUCUGUAUUCCAGUCUCGGUAAAGGCCUCUAAGAAGACACCUCUGAUCUCUGCGAUGUUGAUAAAAGCGGAGCCUAAAGAAGAAAUAGGUAAAAAAGUAGAAACAUAAAACUCAAAUUUAUCUGCCGAAAAAAAGUGCGAAAAUAUAAUACAGAUGGAUUAAUUACCCAGAAAAAUUUUCUAUGGUUUCAUUAAUGGUAUCCUCCGGUUUUCCUCUCCAAGAGGAUUUUACUUUUCCAAUGGGAGUCAGUGGGAUUGUCCUCGGGAAUGAUUUAAUAAGACACUAAUUUCUAUCUAGAACUAAAGAAUAUAAAACGGUUAUCAAAUGUGCCAUGAAACCCACUCAAUAACCUUUUUAUAUAGCUUAACGAAAUCCAAUAUUUCAGAAAAAAGUUGGCUGGUUAACGGAGCGGGUAAGAUGCCCAUAUCUCGCCCACAGUGGAUUGCUUGAUUUGUUACCGUAAAGGUUGUUCUUGUCACUUUUGUUUACUUUGUUACAUGGAACGAGGAAAGGCAAUUAACAACUAAUGUACCUACUUCCUCAGAUUUAUCCGCGGUUGCUUCUUCACCAGAAGAUUCUGCAACUACAGAGCUGGCCUCUAAUUCUGCCACGUGCAUGUUGGACAGCAGAAUAUCCAAUGAUAUCAAACUUCGGCCGGGAACUAAGGCUAGUAACUUCACAGCUCUAGGUAGGGCAGAUGAUAUCCACCGGUGCAUCGGACGAUGCUGCGCUCGCCCCUCGUGUGAUAUCGCUUAUUUAUUAAAUGGGAAGUGUUUCGCGGUUCAAUGUCUUGACGGUGUCUUAUGCCAGACAAGUGCUGAGCCCGUAUCAGAAGGGCAAACGUCAAGUUGGCUUAUAUGAACAGAGGAUCGUCCGGUCAAAAGGAAAAAGGUUAGUUCAUCUCGUCUGUUUUGCGCUUUCUCGUAAGCCCUAAGUUGUCAGUCCUAAAUGAAUGUACAAAUUCCUGAUACCCGAUAACAAUUGCCUCACCCAUAAUCAAGAUUUCUUUAAUUUCGCACCAUCUUCAAUUUGUCAAAAAAUUCCGCUCCCAGUUCAAUUUGCAUUGUAAUUGAAUUUGUACCUUACAAGUCAAUUUCACAGGAAAUGAAUACGAAAAUAAUUAUACUAGCUUUCCUUUACUGCUGAAAAAAAAUUCAAGACCUUCAGUUUAGGAAAAAAAAUCGCAUAUUUCGAUAAUUUUAAAGUAUUCUCUUGCAGACUGGAUGAUCGUGUACAUUAUAGCUGCUUCCUUAGCUUUCGUGGCCGGAAUCGGCGGAGUAAUAUGGGCUGUGUGCAUUUGCAUGAAAAGGUGAGAUAAUGAAUAGCUCCUUUGCUAUUCAGGCCUGAAAAAACGUCAGUUCUCAGAUCUUAAAGCUUGGCAGUAACUUCACAUUAAGAAAUAGACUUUCAGUUCUCCUAAAAAAAAACAUAUUACACCUGGUGGUGAAGCACUCAUACUAUAUUUAGAGAAUAAGGUCUCGAAUAAGUUUUUUUAAGUUUUCGCUAUGUGCCUACUUGCAAUUUAGUAGCUGAGAGGAUAAGAUUAUAUCAUGCUUAACUCUGCAGACAAAAGCUUCGUAAACAAAGGAGAAUGCUGGACGAUGACGAAGAUGAUGAAAUGCUUCCCAAACGUAAGUUUUGUCGUUAAGAAAAAAAAUGGCGGAGGGGAUGGUUGGGUGAUGAGAAAAUUUACCUGAUUCCCCAUCAGACUCUGUAAUAUUCUUAUGCCUACCCCCCCUCCCCCCCCCUUCAUUGGCAGUUAAUUGGCAGUCAAACUUCUAUAGCUCCUUUCGUUCCCCUUGAAAAUCAUGUGAUCUCCCGAAAAUCCUCACCUCCCCAGGCGAUAAAUGAUUAGCGUUCCCCAAUGCCAUCUUAUCUUAACAAUUUUGCUCACCAAAAUUCUUUUUGCUAUUUCUUACUAAUUGUUUUGUUUUGUUAGCCACACAGACACGAUACAGAACCCCGAUGCCAAGAUACUAA